CCUUGCAACUCAAGGAUAUUUAUAUGUCUCAUCCAAAAUUCUCAAUUCAACACACACAUAACACAAUGAAGAACCCAUCAUCAGCUUCUUCCUUAAUUUUCCUUCUCCUGUUUGUGUUGUUUGCUUGUCUUGGAAUCUCAGUAGCAGAUUCUAAUAAUGUCUUUGACACUUGUCCAACAGCCACAGACAGAAUUGAGUUCAUCAAUGGCUACCAUUGCAAAAGCCCCACCCUUGUUACAACUUCCGACUUCAACUCAGCAAAGUUAACCGGACCGAUCAACUCCGAUGAUCAGUUCAACUUGUUGGUGAAGAUCGUCACUGCUGCUGAUUUCCCUGGUCUGAAUACAUUGGGGCUUUCUAUUUCUAGAACUGAUUUGGGUACAGACGCGAUCAUUUCUCCUCACUCACACCCGAGAGCCACCGAGAUGUUCUUUCUGAACCAAGGUAUUGUUUUAGCUGGAUUCAUUGACACCAGGAACCAACUGUUUCAGACUAUUCUAAAAGCAGGCGAUGUGAUUGUAUUUCCAAAAGGAUUGUUGCACUUCUGUUUGAAUUCAGGUUACGAGCCUGCCAUAAGUUUCUCUGUGUAUAAUAGUCAGAAUCCAGGAGUCGUGAACAUCAAUGGCGCCAUGUUCGAUCCUGCUGAUUCAAGUCAUUUCAUAGACAAGUUCCUUAAGAGACUAAAAGCUCUUUCUUCACAAUCAAAUUUCAAAUUCAACCCAAAUGUGACUCUUCCCAGAUACACAAGUUUGUAAAACUAUUGACCCAGUUGUAAAGAAAAUGCCUCUACAUGGAUGAGUUAUAUCCAAGAUUGGCUUGUGAGUUUCAAACCUUGACAUUCAUAAUUUAAGGGGGGGAAAAAAAAGAAUCAUCCGAUUAAU